AAUGAAAAAUGAUAAAGAGUUCUCUAUUAAGGAAACUGUCAAUAAAAACAUUGAACGUGUUUAGUUUCCUGCUUUCAAUCAACAUAGUAGUCUACUUGGUUGGUGUUCUAUGAAUUAUCCUCGUGUCCUUUAGAAUCCUUAAUUUAUGCCUAAACCAAAACCAAAAGAAUAUGAUGACAAUCUUGAUUUUCUUUAUUAGAAACGUAAAAAAGUACUACUCUUAUACAUAAUUUAGGAAUAAUAAAAUAAUCAACUAAUAAAGCCAUUUACAAAUUAUCAGUUAACAAAAGAAGCUGUAAUUCCUGAAGAUAUUGGUGCUCCUCCUCCUGGAUUUAAGAAGACACUUAAAUAAUUAACAACAGCAAAACCUGAAUCAAAGGCUCUUAUAUAUGAUUAAACUUAUAAAGAAUAUGAUCAAUAUUUGAAUAUUAAACCAAUCAAUAGUUAAUUCAAAUAAGAAUAAAAUGAAAACUUUACUAGAACCAUUCGUUAAGUUGGUGAUGUUGUAUAUAAUUAAUCAUAUGAGAAUGAAGAUAUUAGACAUUUGAAGGUAUUAUAAAAUAAUAAUAUAUAAUAUAGAAAUUACCAAAUUCAAUACUUUCUGAACAGAAUCUUUAAGAUGCCUUAAAUCCUAAAUUAAAAUUUUUGAAUUUACAUAAUCAUACUUGGUUGAAAAUGGAACAAAUUAGCAAAAUUGGAUAUUUUGCUAUCAAUCUUGAAGAGUUAGUAUUAUCUAAUACAGAAUUAGAGGAUGAUAUAUUAAUGGAAUUAGCAAAAUCAUGUAAAAAUUUAAAAGUUAUUGAUGUGUCAUCAUGUUAAAAAUUAACUGAAACUGGAAUUAGAAACUUUUUGGAUUAUACUUCAAAAUAUUUAUAAGGUUUUAAAUGUGCUAGUAAUUUAUAAUCAAUUACUGAUUAUUCAUUAGAACCAUUAUAAAAUGCUCCAUUAUUAUAAAGAAUUAGCAUUUCCUUUUGUAAUAAUUUAACAAGUAAUUUUACAAAAUAUCUACUUUAAAGUGGAUGUAAAUUAAAAGAAUUUUAAAUAGCAACAGUAGAAAACUUAUAAGCAGAUUUAUUAUCUGAAUUAAUUUCACGUUCAAAAACAGAAAUGGAAUAUUUAGAUUUGUCUUUCAUUCCUACUAAAGAUAUUAGUGAUUCAGUUAUCUCUGCAACUUCCCUUUGUACAAAUAUUCAUACUCUUAUAUUAUCAGGAUCAACUAAUAUUAGUGAUUCUUCAGUAGGUAGAUUGAGUUCAUUACAUAAACUUAAAUAACUUAAAUUAGGAGGAAUCUAAUAUCUUGCUGACAAUACAUUAAUAUAUCUUGCAUAAUCAUGUAAUAAACUUGAAAUGCUUGAACUUAAUAAUUGUAGUAAAUUGGGAGAAUAAGGAUUAGAAGGAAUACUAAAAGUAUUAUAAAUAUAUUAAUUAAAAAAAGGCAUUACCUAAUUUAUAGGUUAUUUCAAUUAAUUUUACUCCUGAUAUAUCUGAUGCAUUCUUGUAAGAAAAAAGAAAUGAGUAUCCAAAAGUAAAUAUUAUUCGAACAAUAAAUAAAAUGACAGAUCCAAAAGAUGAUGGAUUAAGAAUGCCUCUUCCUUUAGAAAGUGUUGUUAUGUAGAGACCAAAAAAGAAAAAGAAGAAGUGA